AUGUCAGUGGCAUCUCCAUUCCCUUGCAUCAAAAUCUCAACUUCAUCAUCUUCCCCGUCUUCUUCACAUUCUUCUUCUUCUUCUAAUCAUCAUUCUUUUAAGCUCUCUUCUUCAGCCAAGCCUUAUUAUGUAAAAACCAUAAGGAGCUCUCAAACUGAAGGACCUAUAAGAAGACCUGCAGCCCCUUCUCUUAGAGAACCCUCCCCACCUUCUUCUCCUGUCAAACCAACACCUCCUUCUCCUCAGGCCCCUACUCCGCCUCAGCAGCAGCCUUCGAAGCCAGCUCCGGUUUCCGGGCUGACCAUGGUGGAGGAUAAUAAGAAUGUGGUGACCUUGGAGUUUCAGAGGCAGAAGGCUAAGGAGAUUCAGGAGUACUUCAAGCAGAAGAAGCUUGAAGCUGCCAAUCAGGGCCCAUUCUUUGGCUUUGUUGGGAAGAAUGAGAUUAGCAAUGGAAGAUGGGCAAUGUUCGGUUUUGCUGUUGGAAUGCUAACAGAGUAUGCAACUGGCUCAGACUUUGUUGAUCAAGUAAAGAUCCUUCUCUCAAAUUUCGGAAUACUAGAUCUGGAAUGA